UAUCAUAGUUCAGAGUUCGCCGCUCGUUGAUGGUCUGCAAUUCGUGUUUCAGAAUCAGAAAAAGUGCCGAUAUUCAGUGCAAUUGCAAAGAAAUUUUAUAGAAUGACAUUUCUUGAAUUGUGCAAAGCACUCCGAUGGAGUCGUUUGUCUCAAAUUAGUUAUCAACGUGCCAAUUUUUAUUCGACAAAAACAAAAAAAAAAGAAUCUUCGAUGCCUGUAAAUCCACUGAAGGAGUAUUAUGCUGCAAGUUUUCAAAAAGAAAACGGUGUCGUUUAUGAUAAGAAGCCCUUCAAAAUAUUGUGCGAAAAAGGAAAAGUUUAUUAUUGGUGCUUGUGUGGUCAAAGUAAGAAUCAACCUUUCUGUGAUGGGACUCACAAGAAUAUAUUUCUCAAAAUCAAACAUAGACCUAUAGCAUUUACAGUGACAGAGACCAAAGAAUACUGGCUAUGUCAAUGCAAGCAAACUAAUAAUAGACCGUUUUGUGAUGGAACACAUCUAAAGGAGGAUGUAGUAGUAAAGAGAAAAUGAAACAUCUUGAUGGUUAAUCUUUUUUUAAUCACAUAAUUUACAUUAAACCAUCAUAAUUGUAAAAAUCAAUUUACAAUAUUUGUAUAGCGUAUAACUUCCAUCUACUUGUAUAUAAAUUAUAAAAAAAAUUAAAUUACAAAUGAUUGGAAAUCA